AUGCAAGAGCCGUUUGGUCGGGCCCGCGUCUAUCUCACCGUGCUGUUGCUGUUGGAAAUUUUGCUGGGCUUGGCUAUUAUUAUCGUUACGGCCAUUUAUCAACGCAUUCUGGGCGCUUACAUGGCAGACGUUGAACGAAAAAUGCUAGGCGGCCAAUUUUUCAACACCUACAUUCUUGGGUUCCAGCUCAUGGUGGUUUAUGCCUGCAGUAUUGCUAUGUGGUCCUCUCUAUGGUCGCGCCGCUUUUCGUCUAACGUCAACUUACUCCUGAACCUUUGGAUGUUUUUUUGUUUUGUGGUAGUUUUUUGUGGACUCGGCACAAUUUGGUCAUUGAUAACUUGCGCUGAUGCAUUAGAAAAUACAGCGGAAAUGUCGCUACUUAAAGGAAUUGACCUAUACUACACAUGCCCGGAAUGGAAACUUCUGUGGGACGGCCUGCAAUAUCAUAAAGAGUGCUGUGGCGUGCAUAGCUAUAAGGACUGGAUGAAUGCCUCGUGGAUGCCAGAAGAAGCGAUCCAAUGUCAACCGGCGGGCAGCGGAGAAACAGCUUUAGCACCAUACGCCUGUUGCAAACACACUUGUGCUACUUGCUUUGAGAAUUACAUUCCACGCCCCAGUAAUAGUCGCAUUCCAUAUUUGACUUUGUCACAGAUAACCACAGAUGGAUGUUUGCCGCUAUUCACCAACAAAAUAUGGGAGAUCCUUUAUGGUUUAACGGCACUAGUUUUGAUAGCGUUUAAGUUGGACAUCAUCAUUUGCUGUUUGGCGAAAUAUAUAAUACGCAAACAAGCAGAAGUCAACUGUUGUAGUCGUGAAAAUGUUGGUUGCGAUGGUGAUGACCGGCCGAUAGUGGUUGUGAAAUAUCCAGCAAACCAUUAUGUCAAAUUCGAUGGCGAGGAAAUUAAUGCUCAAUUGACAUCAAAGUUCAGGAACGAAAGUGAAGGUAUGAGCGAACCUUGCAACUGUUGCAGCUGUGACAAUAUAUUGCGUGGCUAUACUGUUAGGCAGGAGGUAAUGCAUAUGUCAACACCCACACAACGCGCAACGCACUUUUGUAAUUGCAAUGGUGGUGGCAAUGAGUCCCGAAUACUGCAUUAA